GCUUCGGAGGCAAUGGAGGAUUGUGUGCAGGGGGCGCUCUCGUCACUUUAUCCUCCCUUUGAGAGCACGGCGCCGCCCCUCCUCUCCCAGGUCUUCUCCGUCCUGGAGUCGACUUAUCAACACGACAGUCUUCGCUACCUCCUGGACUACUUUGUUCCUGCCAAACACCUCCUGCACAAACUGCAGCAGCACGCCUGUUCUCAGUACCUCGGCUGCUUGUUCCUUCACUCCGGCUGGCCUCUGUGUCUGGGCGAGAAAGUGGUCGUCCAACUCUCCACCUUGGACUGGAGGCUCCUGCGCAGUAAUGACUUCUACCUGCAGGUGGUGCCCUUCUCCACGCGCUGCCCCCGACUGGCUCUGAAAUGUCUGGCCCCUGGGGGGCGCACUGUUCAAGAAAUCUUGGUGCCCGAGUCACAGCACCCCCUUGUGUUCACCUCUGAGUGGCUGCACAGUAUCAACAAAGAACGAGGCCACAAGAGGGAAGUUGGAGGGGGACUGGACACCUGCCUGGUCAGCACAUGUGAUGGUGUGGUUCGACUUCCGUGGAAGGAGGUUGUCUACCCAAAAUUCAUCCACGACCCUUCGGAGGAGCUUGGCUUGAUGUCUAACUACGAGGGCUCCAUAUCCGGCCGCUUGCCCAGUGAGGGGGGCAGCAGCAGCCUCGGGGGCUGGGGUGGCUCAUCCUCUGGAGAACUGGACUCCUGGUCCUGGGACGAGGAGGAAGAGGAUUUACCACCGGAUGGCCUGGACUCUGAGUCAGCGCUCCCCCGGCGAAGGCGCAGUGAAGAUGGGCUUGGGCGGACAGCCAGGCACCCUCAGCUUGACGGGGACUAUGUGGAGCUGUUGGAGCCCAGAGGGGGUCCCGACGGAGGGGUCGACCCAAGGCAAAGGUACUUGGAGAUGCAUGGGAUCUCUAAGACCAAGACGUUGCCUCUGUGUAGGAGAAGUAAGGCCAUCAAACUCAGAAAGGGCAGAGCUUGGGGAUACGGGAGGGUGGAAAGGUCAGGAAGCCUUCGGGCUGUCCUUGGUGCCAAAGGAGACACAUUACAGCCUCAGCCUCCUCCAGGAGUCGCUGAACCUUGCAGAGGGAGGCGGGCUUAUACGUCCUCUGUCCUAGACUCUGACGAAGGAGAUAAAACAAGCAGGGACUCAGGGGGUGUAGGAAGCGGCCAGCUUUAUUUUGAUGGCCCAUCCAAGGAGAGGAGGCCAGGCGUUGGCAAGGAGAGAGAUAGCAACGGCCUCAUGCAGCCGUGCAGAGAUGACCACCGAAGUAAAGACUCAGAGAGUGGGGACAGUUUAGUCACAAACGAAGUCAAUACGUUGACGAACCGCAAAGUGGAGAAUGUCGUAGAGGGCCACUCAGAUCACGGAUCGCAUUCAGACUCAGUCUUUGAGGAUACCGAUAAACCGCUGAGUGGUGACAGUGAUGCCACGACGCCAACAUCCGAUGCACCAGAGAGACCAUUCACCGGUGUUUCAGAAAAUGGAGAAAUCACCAACAGUGGGUCCAGAACUUCGAGCUCGUCUAAGCCAAAGGUGGCAGAGGAACGAGGUGAAGGAAAGACGGAAGACAGGAUGUGUCCCAGAGGAAAGGAAGUUAAAACUGCAGGAUUCAGAGCACCAAGGAGGAAAAGGAAGGGAAAGGGGGCCAAAGGAAGAGCCCGGUCUGGUGGUCGUGCGCACCACAAGGUCUCGAAGCUGCAGGGUAAAGCUCCUCAGUCAGGUCCGACCUCCUGCUCAACAAAGCUGCCGGUCACAGAAGAGAACCCGUCGGAACAAACAGAGCAAGCCGACGAACCCGACGCGGUGCCCACUACAACUAAAGAGGCCAUCAACGAGAACACCAAGAAAAGCGACGCAGAGACGGAAGCUGAAACUCUGUCUGUCUGUAACGGACAAUCUGGCACAUCCUUAUUUCACCACUCUAAUGAAGAGCCUCAGUCGGCAGAGACAUGUCCAGACCAACUGAACGGCACUUUGUUUAAAGAGCCUCCACUGCUCAGGGAACUGAACGCAGAACUUCUCCAGUCGGGGAAGCUGAAGUUGACAGGUACUGUGGACAGGUUGGGACGUGCUCUGGUUGUCACGGAGACGGACGCCUCAGAAGAGGGUUUCUGUGAGGACGAGACGGUUCGGGUCCUGGCCUGCUACCAUAGAAUCACCCGGCCUGCAGCCAAAGACAAAGGUCUCACGGUGUUAAUGGACAGCAGACGCUCUCCACCCUCCGCCCGCUGCUUCUCUGCACUUCAAAAGUUCCAGCUGCUGGUCCCUGGCGGUCUGGGAUCUGUUCUGGUUUUGCUGGAGGAGCAGCAGGAGUCCCUCGCUCAUAAUGUGGACGGAGCAGAGAUCCACAUGGUGCAGGGAACCGGGGUCCUUCAGCAGUUUGUGGACAAGCAGCAGCUGCUCACAGAGAUGGACGGAGACUUUGUCCACUGUCACUCAGACUGGCUCGCAUUCAGACUGAGCCUGGAGAGUCUGACAGAGCGUUGUGAGAGCGCCCUCAUGCUGCUGGGAGAAGCACUGCAGUCGAUGGACACUGAGCCACUGCCAGACAACAUCAAGGCGGUUCCUCUGAGCAUCGACAAACACCGACAGCUGAUGGCGAGCGUCCUGGCCGACCAACGCUUGACUGAGCUGCAGCAAAGGGGCGGGGCCUGGCUCGCUGGACUGACCAAUAGCACAUCUGGACUAGCACAGAAGUCGCCAGACUGCAGGGCUGCUCUCGCCGCCACCUCCAAACUCUACGACAGCGUGGACGACGCCCUCCACGGGCUCGUCCGAGUGUCCAACCAGAGAGGUCGCGACCUGGAGGCUCUGGGACGACUGGCGGGGCUGGCAGACAAACUGGAAAAGUGCGAUAAGGAGAUUGAGCGAGUCCAGUCGCAGCUGGACGAUUACAAGGACCCUCCUCUCUCCCUCAGCCGACUCUCCCUCAAACAGCAGAAGUUUAAGACCUUUCGAGAGACGGCGAACGAGCUGCACAGCGAGACUCUGUCCGUGCUCAGCGUCUUGGAGAGCUGGUGCGAGCUGGACUGGGCGGGUCUGAGCAACGUCCAGAUCCGACUUCCUCCUGUGAGGGAGAAGCUGAGAGACAUGUCCCACUGUCUGUCUGACUGCUGGACCACCCUGGACAAUACGCAGAGGCUGCUGUCCACGCUGACCGAGGCGACCCAGUGGUGCGAUGCUGUCUCCUCCACCUCCUCCUCUUCGUCUCCUAACACCUGCCCGCUCGCCUCCCUCCCGCCCAUCCCCCCGUCACGUUUCCAGGAUGCCCGCUCCCUGGCUUUGGAGCUCGGGGGAGGGGCGCUGCUGGACUUCUGGACCCAGACAGUGGAGCGCUACCAGAGGACCGUGGCACAGGUCAAACCGCGGUUCCUCCAGUCGGACAGGGGCCAGAAUCAGGGCCAGGGGAAGCUCAAGACGCCCUCGGCGAGCAGCCUGUGGGACCUGAUGGGCCCCGAGGGAGAGGGCGACUGGGGGCUGGGGGCCGGAGGGAGCGAGGGGGGGCUGCAGUCCUGGGGAUCUCUGGCGUCGCUGUUCAGGCCGCAGACUUGCUCCACACUGAAGAUAGGAGAGGAGAGAGGGAAUAAGAAAGACGGAGCAGGGGGAGGAAACGGAGGAGGAGGAGCUGGAGGAGGGAAGUUCCUGCAGAAUCUUCUGAAUCCUGGAAAGAAGAGCCCCCCAGAGGCGCCGCUCCCUCCCAAACCCCCCAGAAAGCGCCACCCGAGCUUCGACCUCCAGGCGCUCCUCGCCCCCCGCCGAGGCACGGCCACCCCGAAACCUGCCGAGUCUCCGGUGAGCGGGUCGAGCCGCAGCUCCCCCAUGUCCUGGCUGGGGAGACGGGCGUUCGCCGACCCGGUCAUCACCACCGGCAUGGCCGCGGCUAUACCUGGAUGGGGCGCCGGCGGAGCGGGAGGAGGGGUGUUGAUUCGGGGAGUGGAGGUCAGCAGCAAGGAGGUGGUCGACCACACGGGGUCGCCCCGGCAACACGUGCUGCUGGGGAGGACGGAGAGGGAGACGGGGACAGACCGGACCGGCUCAACUCCUCAGAGUAAGCUCUACCUGCUGUGGUGCAGGAUGCUGAGUUCGGAGAGGCAGUACGUGGCCGUGCUGAAGGGCGUGGAGGAGACGUACCUCCCUCUGCUGGAGCUCUCGGACACGCCGGCCUCCAUCAGGGGGAAGGGGGACGCCCUCUUCCCCAACUGGGCGGGCCUCGGCUCCUUUCACUCGCAGAACCUUCUCCCUGCCAUGGAGGGCGCUCUCGUGCAGAGCUUGUUGCAACAGGACUGCUUCAGCAAAUACCGGGAGCAGUUUCUGCAAUAUUCUCACUACAUCAGGACCAAACCAGAACUGGACUCUCAACUGGUCACACAGGCCGCGGACUUCUUCAAGGUACGAACCGUCGACU